CUGAAGGACUUGUGUGUGACUGACAACGAGGGGCCUGGCUUGAGCCCUUCUGAUUGAUUGAAUCAAACAGCUGAGAAGGCACGUUAACAGCCAAAGGGAAUGUUGUGCUGCAGAUGUUUGAAAGAAGAAACACAGAGAACACCGCAAAACACAUUAAAACAUUCACCCGUGAAGACGAACCUUCUGCGGUGAACGAACAAAAAAGAAGAAAGCGGACAAUAGCCAAAUGUGUAUGUGUGUGUUUUUGAGGCGAUGAAGAAUGAGGACGACUGUCAAAUGUCAUAUCGCGGUGGAAACUGAUGAACAGCGCACGCAGCACUAAUGUAGAAGCGCGAGAGGGAAUCCGGUUUUUAUAACGUUUAUUAUUAUUAAUAAUAAUAAUAAUCUCAACGCUUUUUGUUAAUGUAUGCAUGACAUCGUUUAUUAAUCAGAUGAAGGGACGAUUCAGCAAACGCUCUAUUAAGCUGAAUAUUUUGGGGACAAUCAAGUAACCAUCUUAAAGAAGGAUAGUGGGAUUGUUCUUUUGUAAACCCAGCAUAAUCAUCCACUGCAUGAGCCGCAAUGUGACAUUUCCUACAAACGCGACACGCGCAUUCAUCGAUCAUUGGAUUCUUUAAUCGUUCAAGGCUCAUCUGUAGGCUAGUAUACACCUAAAAGUUGACAGUAGUGAUGUCAAAAGUACAGGUACUUGGGUACCAAGUCGAUACUCAAAUAAAAAAAGAGCCUCUGGAGGCAGCAUGUUCCUGGUUUUGGAUGCAGCCUUGAAGUUGCAUUCACACGCUCGUGCAGAUCCAGUGCGAGCAGCAAUCUCUUGACAGUUUAAAUGGCCUGGAUUGACACAGAGUGACCGUCAUGAUUUGUGAAUCAGAGGAACAUUUGAUCCUGACGUUUUUGAUUCUGGCUGAUGGAAUACACGCUUCAGAGGAAGAAAUUAGAUGAGUGCUCGAUGGGAAGAAAACGCUGGAUUUUCGUGAGAUGUCGCUUGUCCAUGUGUUUAUGCUCGUCGCGGGGUUACAUGCGAGUUUGUCUCAAGAUGAGAAGCCGACGGUCCCGUGGGGCUGCGGAUUUGGUUUUUCACCACCUUACACUCUCUUAUGUGACCUGGAUGCCUUGUGGGGUGUAGUGGUGGAGGCUGUAGCUGUGGCUGGUGUGUUAGCUGCCAUCUUACUGUCUGUGGUGUUACUAUGUCGCUUGCACUCAGUGACAGACACGGCGAAGCGAAGCGGCAUCGCCCUGAUUCUCCUGCUGUUGAUGGGCAUUAUUGGGCUGUUUGGGCUGAGCUUUGUUUACCUUAUCGAGCACAAUGAGAGUCUUUGCGUGGUGCGACGUGCCCUGUGGGGGGUGUUCUUUUCCCUCUGUUUUUCCUGCAUGUUGGCCCAGGGUGUGAGGCUACGCAGGCUCGCGCAGGAGUCUAACAGCCCCAGUGGGUGUGCUCUGGCUGGGUUAGCACUUGGGCUGAUGGCAGUGCAAGGCAUCAUCGCCACGGAGUGGCUUCUACUAACAGUGCUGCGUGAGGGUCACCCAGCUUGCCAGUACCAGCCACUUGACUUUGCACUUGCUUGUUCCUACGUGCUAGCGCUCCUGUUGGCCGCUCUCGUAACUGCAUCAUUAGCAAUGUGUGGAGAGAUGCGACAGUGGCGCUGUAAUGCUGUGUGGCUGCUGGUCUCUUGCUUGCUGUCCGGUCUUCUGUGGGUGGCUUGGGUUGGCUUCUAUAUCUACGGAAACCAAGUGCUCAUGAAGUCUCCAGAAUGGGACGACCCGGCGCUGGCUGUAGCGCUGGUGGCACAGGGUUGGUUGUUGUUGCUGUUCCAUGCAGUUCCUGAAGCUCACGCCUGCAUGCAAUCUCCACCUCAGCCUUCAGCUCCAGACUACUUUGACACAUCCCAGAACUCCACAUGCAUGCGGGAGGCCAGCCUUGAUGGAGACAUCCCACUUUCACACAGGCAGUUUGUGGAGAACCAGGGAUAUGCUUUCGAUGAAAACACUGCAGGGUUGAGGAGUGGCAGCCAUCAUAAUGGCAACACAGGGGCAAGACCAAGUGCACCCUUCCGAAGUAAUGUCUACCAACCAACUGAGAUGACCAUGAUACUAAAUGGUGGAGCAGUUCCAUCUGCCCCCCCCACAUACACAGGAAGACAGCUGUGGUGAAGGAGGAAGAGAAUGAGGACAAUGUCAACAGCCAUCAGCGGUGCAGUGUCACUGAAACAAGACUUGUGUGUGUGUGUGUCCCAGAGCAAUCUGACAUGCAUGACAGGAGGACUGCUAACAACUUUAAAAACGAUCAAUAGCUGUAGUGAUUUUUAGUUAGUGAACUGGUGAAAAUAUUGACCCAUUUUCAAGCAAUUCUAUAGUAAAAGCUUUAAAAAAGCAUUCAAACACUAAUUUAUUCCAUUACUAUUGAUUGCACCAAAAUAUAUCUGUGAUUUAUUAUGGAAAAGUUUACCGGUCUCUGUAUUUUUUUUUUUUAUAUAUAUUUUAUUUUACAAAAGUAGAGCUUGGACAUGUGAGUAUCCUGUUAGGACAUGACGCUUUGGUCUCUCUGGUGAAAGCUGUUUUCUUUGUGCGGUUGUCUGUGUGUGAAUGGUGUGACUGCAGUGCCGGGGCUCCAUGCGGCAAAUCAAAAAUCAAGAGUCCAAAUCUCACUCAAUUCUCAGUGACUUUCCAGUCUGGUCCAUCUGAUCCAUCAGGGGUCUUGCAUGUAAAAUGACUGGAGUGCUGAAAUAUCCCCUUAGUUUGGUUUGAACUGUUUGAUUUAACACAGUAACAUAGUUAACUACCUGCUAUUGCUGUAUAGAUGGGAUGGUGUGAACCGUUGAUGUGAGAACCGAGUGGGAGUAAAUGAAUCGAUUGUGGUGAUAUAGAGAGGGUUGUUCAUAUAGAUCAGACAUCUGCUUGUAGACUCAGUAUGCUGCUUUUGUCUGAAACUUAAUUUAGAAAUAGCCAAAAGGAAAAUUGUCACACAAAAGAAGAUGUGAAGCAGAAUGAUAGCCUCAGUCACCAUUUACCUUUUGUUUUGCAUUUGGAAUGACAUGAGGAUCUGUAAAUAAUGACAGAAUUAUGAUUUUUGGGUGAACUAUCCAUUUAGGAACGGCAACCCUCAACUGACACAUUGCAAAGUUUUUGGAGUGACAGCUGCAUUUAAAUUUAGAAAUGAUCCUCUAAAUUGUUUUUCCGUGUGUGUAUGGAAUAUAGGAGUCUUCAAAGGAUGACAUGGUGAUAUCUACAGAAACGAUAACAAGAAACAUGGAUGCCAACAAUUUAUUUAGUUUGGUGUUGGCUGUUCUUGACCAAACUAACGUUAGAGACUGGAUAUGUAUUAUAUUCUGCCAUUUAUUAGUAAACUGCUGUUGACAGAGA